UCGAACGGAGGAUGUCGUCAGGCCGGCCGUCCACGUAAAAAGCACAAGACAUGCAUUUCAUUUGCCGCUCGUGUCGAGCCCCUGUUCUUCUUUACGUCCCGCCGAUUCCGAGCGAAGCGGCGAGCUCUCUUGGAUCUGAGAAUGGGCCAGGACUGGGACCAAAGACUCAGACCGAAAAGCGAAUCACUAUGUCACGAUCGUAUUGCGUAAGGGUGAGCUCGCGCGUAUCUUCUGAAAAUCAUUACAGAAAAGUUUUUCAUCCUCUUCCGAUUAUAUCCUCGACGAAAAAUCUCAAAACGUACAUGGCUCGUACCGUACCAUUUUUCAUCUUCUUUUUGUUUCUUCGGCGAGAACGAACGAAGAGAUUCGUUCGAAGGUCACGCGUGGACUCGUCGUCGUCCUUAUCGUACGGCAAGUUCAGCAAACAAGAAGAAGAAGAAGAAGAAGAAGAAGAAGAAGAAGAAGAAGAAGAAGAGAGAAGAAGGAAAGGAUGCUGGGGAUCCUUUCGUUUGAGCUAUCACCUCGAGAUCGUUCGUGGUAUGCGCUACCUAAAAGCACGUUCUUAAUUCAUGGCGAUCGCUCAACGUUGCAACGCGCCGUCGAAAUAAUAAAUAUUACGCCUUACUGAGAGUAGCA